UGCUGAUGUCAUCAAAGUGCUAACAUUAAUCACUCACAGCAUCACUAGUACACGCACAAGAGCAUAUAACAGGGAUGUUCAGGCAGUACACUGUCCAAGGGGAAGCAAGCAAGGGAGGAGGAGAAAAGACAUUAUUUUUUCUCCUGUACAUUCUUUGAAAAGCAAGACAACAUCACCAAGAUGUGUUCUUGCAUGAAUUUAAGUGGAAGAGACAAAGCAACCAUGCCACCAGCAGCAUCGGAGAAAAAAACUGAAAGCAAUAAGCAGUGAGAAUCAGUCCAGGGAAUCUGAUGGGAAGAAAAGCAAACUGGCAAGCAGAUAUCAGCCAGGAAAUAAACUCAUGUGAAAAGGGAUACAGAAAACUUAGUGUUUCUAUAAUUUUCACAGCAGCAUCACCAUAUGAAAAUUCUGUUCUGAAAUUUCCAUCAGGAAGUGACGAGUACUACAAUUAAGAUCCAGGUGACAUCCCCAGUGCUGCUGCUUCUCAGUUACCUCGCAGUGAACAUCUUCCCUUUCCACAGCAAGGUCAGCGUCAGGAGAGAAAAAAAAAACAACACCUGAGCAACAUCCCAAUGGGAAUAACUGUCCAAAACAUCACAGGAAACACAGCAAUGGUAAUUUGGCCAAAAAUGGCCAGUUGUGCUGACAGCUUUUACAGCAUCAUGUACCACCCUAACUGGAACAGCAUGCUGUCCAGUUAUUCAAGAAAGAGCUUUCAGAAGGAAGAGAGGGUGCCUGCCAGUCGCUCCUCCUUUGUUGUUGAAAACCUAACUCCACUAACAACAUACAUCUUAUGCGUAACCUGCCAGUCUGCAAACCCCUCCAGUGACCAGUGCAGAGUUUUUAACACACUGGAACAAGACCCAGCAUCUGCGAGCAACACCAAGAAAGAGCUGGCGCUGGGUAUCUGGCUCACCAGCAGCGUCCUGCUCCUCAUAAUCGCUGCAAUCCUCCUCUAUGGCUGCCUGCACCUCCUAUGCCGUAGGAGACGUGACCGUCUACAAGGGCAAAACAGGACCUCCAAAGAAGACCACAGGAAGGCACAGACCAAAAGCGCAGCGUGCGCCUCAGAGGAGCUUGGCAGGCAGAGUCAACUGAUGCAGGACACCAGGGAUCCAGGUGGCAUCCAGCUGUCCACAAUCAUAGAGAAUCCCUCAGCAUGCAAGGAGCCUGUCACACCGACUUCCAAAAGCUGGGAACGAGUGCCAGUGACAGGACAGUGCUCUGCUAUAAAUUAGAAACUUUUUGUCAGGGAGGAGAGUUUUGUGACAUACAACACCCCAACUGCUUCAAACAUAUUGCGUGUGUUGUCGACGCUCACAAUGGGGAGCUCCAACUGCUUCCCCCAGCACUCCUGGCUGUACUUCCAGUGCCACAUCCCUCUCCAACAGCCCCUAUGCAGCCAGAGGUACUCAGAGGCAAUGGCCCAGAUUCUCAAGAAGUGAAUACUUCAGCUGCACUCCACUACUUAAAAAUGAAGUAUGUAGCAGAUAAUCGGUUUACAUUUUGAGGGGACUUUUUGGUUGCUUUUCAUUAGUUUAAACCAGCAAAGAAAUAUAAAAAUGAAGCAAAAGUGACCAGAACACGCUUUUUUUUACUAGCAUAAAUUAAAACUGAGUCGAAGUUUUUGGAUGGCAACCCAGACUACUACACUACAGGCAACUGGAACAUACACCCCAAGUGCAGUGGUUUGCCAGUGUGAGUUUUACCCCCACCAUCCCAACUGCUUCUCAAACUACAAACUACAAACUACUACACAUAAACUAUGCAUUUCACCAACCAUGAUGCUCUCCAAAGCUCCCAUCCAGAUUAGGUCAAUCUCAGCAUGUAAACUAAAUUGACCAGAAUUUUAACGGAAUCCUUUUGUCUGUCUUUGAAAUUUUCCCUUGGUCUAAAAGCAUAUGCAAGAUAGUGUCUCUGUAAGGACACUUCUAAUCAAACUAAGGAAAUAUUCUGGGUUAUUCUAUUUUGCACUCUCCUAUACCCACCACAAGCCACCUUCUGCUCCACGGGCAAGUGACUCCCUGUAGAGAAAACGGAGUUCAGAGAAGCAACUCCUGCCCCUUCCUUCUCUCUUUUCCUUUCAGUUUUUUAAUGGUAAAACUCAUUCACCAGCUACAAAUUUCUAUCCAACCGCAGAGUACAUCUUGUGUAAUGAAGGGGCAAGUAAGUAAAAAGAUGGCAAACCACAUUUUAUUUUUGUAACAAUCAAAUCCGCUGACCAUCUCACUCUGCCUUGAGCUUCAUGGCAAACUGCCAAGAAAGGAUCUUCAGAUAGAAAUCCAUUCACCCUCACAAUACAAUGCAUCUUGCCUGGCUUACGUGUAUAAGUCAUCCUGUUUUAAAUCUCUUAAGUGCAUUUGUGUCCAUAAAAACAUAAUAAAUCCUAGUAUUGCUGUAUAGUAUGGUAUGUCCAAAA